AAAAGCCCGAAACAAUCGUACCGUACGGAUCGCAGCAGACUGACCACUGGGAGAGGGAGAGAGAGAGAGAGAGAGAGAGAGAGGCCCAGACCAAUAGUCGGAGUCGGAGCACAUUAUUAUUCCAAACGUGUUCACACAAUCCAACUACGAAAGUAUAAACCCACCCUCACUUGCUCUGUUUCCAACAUCUACUACGAAUUCCGAUUCGAAUUCCGAGUUUUCGGUUUUGUGGAUGAUGGUGAAGAAAUCAACCGAGAAUGGGUCGGAUUCGGUGGCGCCGUUUCUGAAGAAAUGCUACGAGAUGGUAGACGACGAGACCACGGGCUCGAUCAUAUCAUGGAGUCAGACGGGUGAGAGCUUUGUCAUCUGGGACGCGACAGAGUUCUCGGUCCGAUUGCUUCCCAAGUACUUCAAGCACAGCAAUUUCUCAAGUUUCAUGAGGCAACUCAACAUCUAUGGUUUUAGAAAAAUUGAUACAGACCGCUGGGAAUUUGGAAAUGAUGGAUUUGUACGAGGGCAAGAACAUUUGUUGAAGAAUAUCUGUAGAAGGAAAAAGUUGCAGCAGCCUGAAAACUCUGAUGGACCAGGCGAAAAAAGUGAAAACUUAGAUCUGUGGAAGGAAAUUGAGAACUUAAAGACAGAUAAAAAUGCUCUUACGCAGGAGUUGGUCAAACUUAGGCAGCACCAGGAAAUUUCAGAAAAUAAGUUGCUCCUCUUGAGAGACCGCCUGCAAGGAAUGGAAAAGAAUCAGCAACAGAUGCUGUCAUUCUUAGUGAUGGCCAUGCAAAACCCUGGGUUUUUAGUUCAGCUGCUUCAGCCAAAAGAAAAUAAUUGGCGCAUGGCCGAAGAGGCCAACAUGCUAGAAGUGGGUACAGAGGAUGAUGGGCCAUUAUCUUCUGAUGGGAUGAUAAUUAGGUACCAGCCACCAGUGGAUGAAACACCAGAGCCUGUACAGAUACGGACCCCAGGAUCAGAAAAAAAACAAGAAGUUAAUCAUUCUCCUGAUGGGAUGAAAGAUUUUUUUCUGAAUGCUGAUUUUUUGAAAAUGCUUAUGGAUGAAAAAAUGUGUUCUUUAGAUAAUCAUGCUCCAUUUAUCCUACCAGAUUUACCGGAUGAUGGUUCAUGGGAACAGCUUCUUUUAGCCAGCCCUUUUGAAAAAAAUACUGAAGAUAGAAAGAUGGAUAGUGAAGAGCCUGUUGAUUCGAUGGAGAUGGAGAUAGAAUCAACAGAGUCUGGAAGCCAGUGCGAAAUAUCUCAAAAUUUUGAACUUUUGAUCAAAAAAAUGGAGAAAUCACGUAAGUUUGGAAUGUAAUAGUCAGUUUAUAAGGCUUAGUUGGAGAAAUGGCAGCAGUUUAAUGUAAUAAUCAGUUUAUAAGGCUUAGUUGGUGAAAUGGUAGCACUUUGAACUUCUAAUGAGCAAAUGGGACCUGUUUUCGCGAGCUCUUCUGACACCCUUUCUAUGUUAUUCAUCAUAAGUGAAACACGUUCCACAUUCCAAUGUUUCUUACAGUACUCAUUAUCUGAACAAGUGUAAGUUGGCUCUUGCCAUUUAUUUCUUUCACAAAGUAAAAUUUAAUGAAAAAUUCCUAAUCUCGACCAAUGAGAAUUAUCUUA